AUGGUGCAGAUCCUCGACUUGGUCGUCAAGGCGCUGAACGACGCGCAGCAGCGCUGCGUGGCGUUGGAGACGCAGAAAAACGCGGCGAUUUCACAGGGAAGCAAGGCGGGAAGCGCGUCCGGGUUUGGAGCGAUGGGGACGUCGGAGAUUCUGAGUCUGCGAGAGCGCGAGAGACAGCUGAAAGAGCUGCUGGAUGACUGCUAUGCGCUGCUGGGGUCGCUGCAGAGCGUGAUGGAGAGCCGAGCGGACCAGUACAAUCUCCGAGCCGGACAGAUGAAUGAAAUCAUGGCGAGGGUUCAGAGAGAACUGGGGUUUGGCUUCCAGAGCGCGCUACGACCGCCGCAAUGGACGAAAGAUGAUGUGGUGCUGCUUUUGAGGCGAAUUCAGGAAACGGAGAAGCAGCUGAGCGAAAUGAAGGAAAAACAUUCGCUCUUGCUGCAAGAAAUGAUGCAAGUGGAAAAUGAGCGCGACCAAGCAAACGCAAAACAACAAAAAGCAGAAACCGAACUGAUGCAGAAAGAAAGGGAAAUCGAAACUUUGAAAGCGCAACGAAUGGAGGGAGGGAGGAGUUACCAACCAGCACAGAACUUUUCGGCGUCCCAGCCGAUUUUGGGAGGGAGCCAAAGCUAUCCGAUGAUGUACGGCUCUACGACGCAGUAUUCCUGUUCUACACCUAUUUUGCCAUUGAAUCAUACAGAACAGGAGAUUCAAACGAUCAUUCAAAACGUGUUCGAUAAAGUAGUAAAGAUGUGA